GGGUAUAGACCUUUUUUGUAGAGGAAACAUAAUGACUCUAACACCUCCACAUACGGUCGAACGGAUGUCACUAUCUACUUCUAGCUUUUCUUGUCUUGAGCAACAAGAAGAAAAAAAGAAAACUCCAACUCCAUGGUAGUAUGUUAAGGAAGAAGAAGAAGGAGCAAGAAAACCAUCCAAAGUUUCCAAAUUUUGAGUCCAAAAACGCAGCAGCAACUUCAAGGUAAAAACUGAAAUUUUCCAUCCAUUAUCUCGAAAUACUUCUUGAACCAAAGUUGUAGCCCCGGACGUUAUGAAUCCCACCCAACAAACGGCUCGCGAUUUCGUUAAGUAACGAAGAAGGUAUGACCAAAAUACCGGGACUGCGCCAGUGGUGGCGAGCUCCUCGGGUUGGCAUGUUUUUCUUCACCAAAAUUCAUAUUAUUUCAUCCCAAAUAUUUACCAUAAACUCUCUAACAAUUAUUAGGAACAUCCGGAAGGUAUUGCAAAGAAAGUUUGGCGUUGGAAUGUUGAAGUUAGUGAGUUAAUCGUCGGAAUCAUGUUCAUCGACAUACCCGAAAUUCUGGACAGCAACUUUCUAUUGACUUCAGGUCCGAUUUACGCUAUCUUACAUAUGUUAAAACGAAAUACUUUCUAUACUAAAGUUAUAGCCUUACGUCUUAGGAAUCCACAGAAUCAAAUGAUUUGCGAUUCCGUGAAGAAACGAUGGAGAUAUGCUCAAAAUGCCGCAGGCUGUCCAAUUGUGACGGGAAUGACAAAGUUGGUGAAUUUCGAUAUUGUUUUUACUCCCGCUCAUCCGUAAGGUUUUGACCGAUGAUUUCCAGGUCUGUAUCUUUGUGUUAGACUUGUCGAAUCAUUCAUCACAUACAUACAUGAACAUAUAUGUUAUUUCAUAUGUUAAAACCAUUCCAAAGUAUAUAUGUGAUGCAUAUAUAAGUUAUCUAUAUAUUGAUAUCAAAAUACACCAAAUCCAUAAAGUUAAUAUACACAUAAGUAUAUAUAAACUUUGGAAAUCAACCCAACAAUAUGUAUAUGUUAAUCAAAGGUGCUUAAAAGACUUAAAGAAGUAUUUUGGACACUCAAAAUAUCAAGAGAAAGGUUCGCAGACCCAAACAGUCGACGCAAACGGUCGACCGUCGUGUUAAAAAUCGAAACGGAACAAGACUGUCAGACAAACGGUCGACUGCCGGUGGCCAACGGUCGACCGUCGCCUGUCCAGCCAAGUGCCGCCGUCCACCUCUAGUCAACAAAGGUCGACCGCCGGUCAACCGCGGUCGACCGUCACGGUGAAUCUCCAAUCCGACCUGAUGAAGAUCAAGGUCGACCGUCGCGCCAAACGGUCGAUCGUUCCGAGCCCCGUAGCUUAAUUAAAUGAUAUUUUAAUCAUCGUGAUGCGCGGGACUUACUAGUCCGACAUCACCCGUUCCGGGCUUAGUGUACGUACAUGGUAUUCAGGUUUCGAGUACCACCCAUAUUUUUCUAGUCUCACCUCAUUCGUGAGACUAAGGCCGCGUGAGUUCGUCGUACCAAAUGGGCGAAUCUCAUAGCGCAAGGGUGUCCUUGCUCAUUAGAAUCAUGCAUCAUGUUAUCAUCAUCAAGUACAUUGAUUACAUAGGUGUCAUGUAAUCAUCAUCAAGAACAAUCAAAUUGAUUAAAUGUGAAAUCAUGUUAUCAUCAUAAAGUACAUUGAUUACAUAGGUAUCAUGUAAUCAUCAUCAAGAACAAUUAUAUUGAUUACAUAGGUGUCAUGUAAUCAUCAUCAAGAAUAAUUAUACUGAUUAAAUAUGCCAUCAGGUAAUCAUCAUCAAAUGUCCACCAUCAUAAAUCAUCAAAUUAAAGAUACGAUAUAAUGUGCCAUAUCAUGAACAUUAUUAUACAUUUUGUGGACGUAUAUAUAUGUAUAUGUAUAUGUCUAUGAAUUGUUCUACAAUUCUAGCGUGGUACCACUCAGCGGUUUCGCUAAGCGUGUAGUUUGUAUUUUUCGUUGACUACACGUAGGUAACAAGAAGACAAUGAUGGAACCACUCCCGGAAGGCAUUAAGUCAGAGGAGAUGCAAGGAUGGCAGGCAAAUGUUGAUCAUCAGAUUUUUAAAUGUGUCAUGAUUUGAUUAUUUUUGUACUUCCGCAUUACUCUGAAAAUAUUUUUUUAAAUGGGUCGCGAUCCAGAGUCUGUAAAUUUAAUAUUUAUAAGUAAUUGUCAUUUUCAAAUGUCAAACGAAAUUUUUAUUUAACUCUCGUUUCACCUUAAUUCGUGUAAUUCCGGGUUAUACGGAUUGGGGUGUUACAGAUGCAGAUGUAGGUGUUGAUGACGAUUGGAUAACAGUUGAGUUUUUGAAUCAGGAAAAGUUUCCCACUCACUUGCGCGAAGACGACGUCGUUUGAGUAUUAAAAAAGAAAAACCGCAGCCUAAGUCCUAACCAGUAACCGCCCACUAAAUCCCAACCUAGGGUAAGGUGUAGAGAAGACCAAGAGAAGAUGGACGGAAUCGAUCGGAAGGGAGCGGAGAAGACCGAGAGAAGGGAGCAACUGGAAAAAGAAGGAGAUGGUGGAGGUUGUAGUUGCGAGAGUACUGUUCAUCAUCUUCUUAAGCUUUGACGCAGCGGCUAAAGUACACACGAAUUUCAUCAAAGAGCGGUUGCCGUGGUUGUUGAUCCGAUACAGAGUGUUAAAGGGAAGGUGGUGAUUGAUUCCUUCCGUUUACUGCUGGAACCAUGGGCUGUUUAACUUGAGCAUCUGGCCGGACUGUUUUGGACUUGCUUGAACUUAAUGUUGGGGUAAUAAUAAUUUACAUUUUACCCUUGGACAAGAGCCACGUCAGACAACAUCAAACUUAGGGCAUCUAAACAAACCCUCUAUCCAAGCAUUGAUUCAUGGGCUAAAUUGGCACUAUUACUCCAUAUCAAUCAAUUACAAAAAGAACGAACUUGAAGAGAAGAUGCUGCUGAAUCUUCAAAAGAAGAAAUGGACAGACGGGUUGACACUUUAGCGAUUGGAUAAAGCUAUUUGUACCCCAACUUUUAUACCCCACUUUGUACCCCGCAGGUUUGCACCGACACUUUGUGUUGAUGUAAAACUAAUUUUUGUUAAUGCACCGACACUUUGUGUCCGUGUAAAUUUUUGUUAACGCACCAACACUUGUGUCGGUGUAAACCAUCAAAAUGUUUGUGUAUAACUGCGGUGUACAAAUGGGGUACAAUUUGUGGUGUAAGUGUAGCAUGACCCUUAGCGAUUUGAUGCCCACUCCAAAACCAAUGAGGAAAUUAAACUGUCCAAAUAAUGAACUGUACUGUUCUAUUAUUUCCCCUAAUUUGGAGGCAUCAUAAUUGAAAUGAUAUGGAAUAGUUUUUUGUAUGCUUUCUGGUAUGUGCACUCCACUUUUUAAUCUUAAUUUUUAGGAUUCAAUGCGUGAUAUGAAAAUGUUAUAUGAUUGAAUGAAAAAAUAAUCUUAGUUUAACAGUGAGGCUAAUUUAAGAUUAUGUAUUUUGAAAUUUUCUUGAUGUUAAAAUACGUCAUCCGAGGAAAUGAGGAGGGAUUACCAAGGGAGUGAAAGAAGUGUGAGUAGAGUUGGGAACAAAAGCAGUAGUAGAGGCUAAAAGGACUGAAUUCUGGGAUGAGUGAUUCACGGGUGGAGGAGGUGCAGUUCAGUGUUUUGAAGCUGGAGGUGUUGCUACAAGUUUUGCAGAGUAAACAACAACAUAGCAAGGGCAAACGCGGAGGCUGUGUGGAGUUCGACCCCAAAGACGACAAUCUGAUGGAAGAAGACAUCGAUGCUGCCCCCAGGGCUCCCAUUCCCGGGAUCGGGUCCACUCUCGGCGACUCCUCUGCCCCGAAGAAAACGAAGGGCCGCGGCUUCCGGGAGGAGGCUGCCGAGGCCGAACACAGUGCUCGUUUGUCUGCUCGCUUCGAUUCUCUCGUCUCUCAUGGCGACCCUGGUUCUGAACGAUAUUUGUUGAAUGACGAUGUAUUAGUGGAGAGCAGUGGUGGGUGCUCUACCGAAGGACAUAACGUACCUGUAGUUGGAAUGAAGUUUUCUAGCAUUGAAGAAAUUCGGGGACACUACUUGGCAUAUGCUCGAAGUGUAGGAUUUCCAAUUCGUACUAGAACGACGCGUAAGAGCGCGGACGGAACUAUUAGGAGCGUGACGUUUGUGUGUUGUAGAGAAGGGAGUAAAAAGAGGAAAACACAAAAUGUGUUGCACCCAAAGCCAAUGAUGCAAUUGGGAUGUGAAGCAAGAGUAACUGCUUCGUGCGAUGGGGAUGGAGUAUGGAGGAUUUCUGUUGUGCAGUUAGUGCAUAACCAUAAUUUUAGUCAUAUAAAAUCCAGAUUAUAUCGAUGUAAUCGCAACUCGCCUGCAUAUGUUAAAAAGAAGAUUGAAGUUGAUGCGAUGCCAGAAACUUCUCUUCAUAAGAGUUUCCAGUCAGCUAUUGUGCAAGCGGGUGGAUAUGAACAGGUUGGCUUAUUAGAGAAUGAUUGCCGGAAUUAUGUUGAAGAGGGAAGACAACUAAGAUUCAGUGCAGGAGAUGCAAUGGCCAUACAGAGUUACUUUAAUAGAAUGCAAGCUAAAAAUAACAGUUUUUUCUUCAGCUCGGAUCUUGACGAGGAGUCAAGGCUUAGGAAUGUGUUUUGGGCAGAUAAUAGGUGUCGACAGUGUUAUACAUACUUUGGUGAUGUCAUAACAUUCGAUACAACAUACUUGACUAACAAGUAUGACAUGCCGUUGGUUUCGUUUGUUGGCGUAAACCAUCAUGGACAAUCAAUACUUCUUGGUUGUGGCUUAAUCUUACAGGAGGAUACUGACUCAUUUGUUUGGCUUUUCAAGACAUGGCUUCAAUGCAUGGAUGGCAUUCCACCUCAAGGCAUAAUUACAGACCAAAAUAGGGCCGUGGAACAUGCAAUUUCUAUUGUGUUUCCUCACACUAAACAUCGUUGGUGUCUUUGGCAUAUUUUGAAAAAAUUACCUGAAAAGUUGGGAGGCAUGUUCGCUACAACUCAUAUCAUGGCUAACAUUCAUGAGCUCGUAUACGAUGUGCAUGUAAUUAAUGAAUUUGAAUUACGGUGGAAAGAAAUGAUUGAGAACAUGGGCCUUCAUGAUCAUACGUGGUUAGGGGACAUGUACGCUGCCAGAGCUCGAUGGGUUCCAUGUUUUUUGCAGACAUCGUUUUGGGCUGGUAUGUCCACAACGCAGCGCAAUGAAAGUAUAAAUGCUUUCUUUGAUGGCUACGUGCAUGCGAAAACUACCCUCAAGCAAUUUGUGGUACAGUAUGAGCGUGCUUUAAGGAAAAAAGUAGAAAUGGAGCUCCAAGCUGAUGCUAGUUCUUUUGCAAAAAUGAUCCCGUGUUUGACAACGUAUGAGAUGGAGAAACAAGUUCAGGAGGUAUAUACUCUUUGUAAAUUUAAAGAGUUUCAGACAGAACUUUUCGGGAAAGUCUAUUGUGAUAUUGUUAGCACAGUGGGUGGAUCCGUUUACGAAGUGGAGGACGUGUGCAUCAAUGGGCUUGAUAUAAAGAAGUCAUUCCAAGUCCUCUUUGACUCGCGUACAAGGGAGGUGGAGUGUACUUGUCACUUAUUUGAGUUUAGAGGGACGAUCUGCAGGCAUUGCAUAGUCGUGCUCAUCCGAAAUGAUGUGAGUUUUUUGCCGGAGAAGUACAUUCUACAUCGGUGGAGACGUGAUGUGCAGCGGGCAUACACCCGUGUUAAAAUAGACUACGAUGGGUGGAUUUGUACUGUUCAACAACAACGUUACAAUGAUUUGUGUAAGAACUUCCAAGUAUUGGCAAACAUAGUCGUAGAUGAUGAAGAGCGCACAAACGAAAUCAUGGAGUGGAUGGAGAGGGAGUUGGCACGUAAAGUCGGGCGCACUCAAAUCCCAACGGCUGCUAUUGAACAAGUUAGGGAGUCAACACUUGCAGACCCGUUACACAACUUGGACCCCGAAUGAGGAGCUCCAUGAGAAACAGUUGGUACCAGAAAUCAGUCGUGGAAAAAGCAAUGAGAAACAACCCAAAAACAGGGAGAAGCAUCUGAAUGCAAACAAGAGAGUAGACACGCAUGUCAAAGAUGGCAAUGGUGUUUACGAUCUCACUAUUGGAGCUUUGGGUUGGAUCUUGGCCUCUCUGUUUCCUAAACUCUGAUUAUGUACUUGUCAAGGCUUAGUGAAUGUGAAUGAUUUUUUGUUAUUAACACAGUUUAUGAAUCGCAGGUAGUGAACGUUUGUGAAUUCCUUCAUUGUGUGGCCUCUUAAAAGGCAAAAAAAAGAAGAUAAAAUG